AUGACGGAGUCCUCCCCUGAGGACAUUGAAGACGCAUUCUUGUCAUCGAUUACAUUCAUCAUCAUGGGUACCAUCUUUCUCCAGUUCCUCAUCGUCUACCUCGCAAUCGAAAUAGCGUUUUAUAUUGUCCAACGAUUGGAGGGCACAGAGAUCGAUUGCGAGUUAGAAAUGUCAACCCCCCAGUCCCGUGCCGAAUCCCUAACACUCCUCAACCUCUCAUCCAUCUUCGGUCAGAAAGACGUAUCAACACGUAUGCAAGCCAUCACCGAUCUCUGGGUACCAAGCGCAGAGGUACUCUUUGUAGACGCACUAGGUGUUUUCAAAUCACACGAGGCCAUCAGUGAAAUGGUGAACAAAAUACAAAGUAUGGGCGAAGCGGGCGAUGGGUUUGUUGCUCUAGAUGAUGUUGAGUGCUUGAAACAUGAUGAUGAAGAUGACGUGUGGGUGACAAAGGUGAAAUGGGGUAUCAAGAGAUCUGGCAGUGGGGAGAUGGCGCUGGUGGGUGAGGAUAUCCUGACUAUCGUAGGUGGAAAGAUUAAGGCUUGUUAUACGUUUUUGGACUCGAAGUAG